AAAAGAACGUAACUAUUAAGAAAGAAAAAACAAGGUGGAUAAAAGUGGAUCAUGCAGUUGGUAGUGACAAGAUGCGCUAGUGUUAAAUGUAUGGCAGGUAGCGCAGUAACAGCAGCAUGUGGACACUAUUUUAAACAGAACGUCUUCUCGAGGAAAUGACAAUGAGUAGCGGUAUGUGGUCUAUACGAGUUAUUAUAACAAGUUGUACAAAAAGUGGGUGCUUACGAUUUUGAGCAAACAGCAACCGAAAACACAACACAGCUAAAAUACAUACAUACAAACACACACACAAACACGCACACACAACCGUCUAUAAACCAUUCAUGAGCGAUACGGUUCAUAACUACAAUAACACACAUUAACAGCAGAGGUGCGUACAGACAGUUGUUAACACAGGGUACGAGAGAGCCGAGAAAAGUCGAAAUGCAAGUAACAAAUGAAAACAAAAAAACUUUAAAAACGCCAAGAAUAUGAUUAGAAACAAAAGAAAAACAAACGAAGAUGAAGAAGCAAAGGAAACUCGUGAAAAAAACGUGUAAUAAUGUCUAUUUAAAAGAAAAUUGUCGUCAUUCGAAAACUAAGCAAACAAACAGUAGCAGUAGCGCAGUAACAGACUUUCGGAUAUUUUCGAACAAGUUCAACGACGUUAAUGGGCGAGAGAAGAACGGCUAGAGGAGGCUUGUCAGGGGGGGGGGGGGGGGAAGGUUUAAAAAAAAAGGAAAACUAACAAAGGGACGCAUAGAAUCUUAUGAUAUUGACUAGUUUGUUUAAGUGGAGCCCUUUGUCCCCUUGUCUGUCGCUCCGUUCUGUUCCAUUUUCCGGUGCCAAAAAGUAGUGGGUCAACGAUAGUGAUUCACAGUUUUUCUUAUUUCAAUUUACUAGUUCAUAAGAGAUUAGGUACUCGUACCAAGCGACACAUGUGUGUAUUGAUUUGUUGCUUUAUCGGGCUAUCACCAUCUUCCAUCGUGAUCGGUUAGGGUCUUCCAGGAGCCAUUAUACCUACCUUGGUGACCUUUCGUGUGUGUUCAUUCAUCGACCCAGGUCCUUAGACUUUACAUUUUAUCUGAUAGGGAGCUGAAACUCCACACCACGACUAGCUGAAAACCGUGCACCGUGUCUUAUGAGUACUCCAACCUAUCCUAUCGCAGCACGCACACUCGCACAAAGAUAGUAGCCGACUUUAAUAUAGUGUAAUUGUUUGAACAUCUUUUCCAAGAAGAGAUCUGUUAAUCAUCGAGUGCAGCGGAAAGAAAGUGGAACGUGGGUGGUGUUAUGCCACCGGGUAGGUUAGAAGAUGGUGUGCCGAUUUGUGGUGAUUGACCUAGAGAAGAAAGAAAGUUUUUCCUAUAUCCCCACCCAUCCUAGCCGAUUGGGUGGGGCGUUGUUUGCGUUUUAGCACAAAUUUUCUCAUGUAACGUUUGAUCCGAUGAUGCACGUAUAAACCCACGUAAAACCCCACAAUCUACCAGCAACAUACAAACAUGUUUCGUCCUAACAAAGGAAGGAGAAAAAAAAACAGUGAAAAGAAAAGUGAGCAGUCUCGGUAGUGUUCUAUUUACUAUGAAGACACACAGAAAGCUAGUUUAAUUCAAAUAACAUAGAGAGAAAAAGAAACCAAGCGGAAGCAUAGCUAUUUAGAAUGAGAAAGAUGCACACAAAAAGAACACAUUCACACAGUCUCCAUAGUCUAUAUAUAUAUAUACAUUAUAUAUAUAUUUGUAGAUAAGACACCGUUAACUUACCAAUAAAUUCGGA